CUUUCUCCACUUUACCAAGGACAAGCUAAAUUAAAGUAAAAGUAAGCUAGUGAGUAUAAGUGGAGAUUAGUGGGUGGAAAAGAAGAAAAAUUCUCAUUAUUAUCAAUUGAAGACUGAUAAAGAAUAAACAUAAUGACAUGAGCCCGAUUUAUGUUGUCGAAAAUAGAGAGAUAACAAGAACAAUUCCCUGAAGGCUUAACUAUUUUCGACAAAGACAGAAGUAGUAUAAUGGGCGAGAAGUUACAAUAUUUAAAAUCAUACCCCGAUGAAACUUUUUUGGUCGACAUUGACAAAAAUGACCCUCAACGGCCCAUGAAUUGGUCUACUUCAAAGAAAAUCGUCCACACGGCUUUGUACGGACUGACAACGUUUGCUGCUCAGUUCAACAGUACGACAAUGUCACCUACUGCUGAACAUCUGACAAACGUAUACCACAUCGGUGAAGAAGUGGCGGCACUAGCUACCUCGCUGUAUGUCUUGGGGAUUGCUUUUGGUCCUAUGAUUUUUGCACCUUUUUCAGAAAUGAAUGGUAGAAAAAUGGGUGUCUUUUUGCCUUUUUCCAUCUCCAUAAUUCUCACGGCAGGCACUGCUAGUGCUGAUAGUGUGGCCGCCAUUAUGUGCACUCGUUUCUUUUCCGGUUUGUUUGCUGGCGCUCCUAUCGUUUCUUCUGGUGGUGUACUGGCUGACCUUUGGAACCCAUCUCAAAGAGGCACUGCUUUAGUUUUUUAUGCCUUCUUUGUUGUUAGUGGUGCUGACUUUGGUCCCAUCAUUAGUAGUUUGCUUUCAGAAGGUUCGGAUACGGCCUGGAGAUGGCCAUUAUGGUUUAUAGUAAUUGUACAGUCUGCGAUUUUACUUGCUAGUAUAAUCAUGAUUGAUGAAACUUACGUCCCGGUAAUUGAAGCUCGUCAAGCACGAAAUUUACGGUUAACCACAGGAAAUUGGGGUCUUCACGCUGAUCAUGAACGAUACAAAUUAGACGCAAAGGAGUUUGUUACCUAUCACCUUUUGCGACCUUUUGCAAUGCUAGCAACUCCGGUCGCCUUUUUCAUCGCCUUAUUUGCUAGUUAUGUAUACGGAAUUCUGUAUUUAGUAUUAACUACCAUUCCGUAUACAUACUAUCAGUCGAGAAACUGGCAGGGAACCGUUGGUACACUUCCCUUGAUUGCAAUGUUUUUGGGCUUAGUAACAGGAGGUGUGUUGAAUAUUUUCUGGAAUAAAAGGUACGCAAGAUACCUAACAGAAAACGGUGGAAAACCUCUUCCUGAAGAAAGAUUACCUUUGAUGAUGAUGACAGGCUGGCUUAUGCCGGCCGGAAUAUUUGUUUUUGCUUGGACUUCAUAUGCCAAUAUUCAUUGGAUAGCAUCAUUUAUUGGUAUAUUCUUGAUCGGUGUCGGCUUUGAAACGAUUUUCCAGGGUUGUCUAAAUUAUCUUGUUGAUACGUUUACAAAAUUUGCUGCAUCGGCUAUCGCUGCGAAUACAUUUACUAGAUCAAUUUUUGGAGCUACUUUUCCUUUAUUUUCGCGUAUUAUGUUUAAAAAGUUGGGGGUUCACUGGGGAGGAACUUUGGUAGGAUUUAUUGCUCUUGGAAUGAUUCCAAUUCCUUUCGUGUUUUAUCGGUUUGGUGAAUCUUUACGGCGAAAAAACCCAUACGUGAAGCUUGUGUCUUGACUCACUCAUUCUAUAUUUCUUUCGUUGACAAUCUAUACUCUAUUUCUAAUUUUACUUUACUGAUAGGAGAAGACAAGACAGAAAACUAGUCGGCUAGCUUAGCAUACAGGUAGGUUAAAAAAAACUGCAUGGAAGUAGUAAGAGAGAUAGAGAGAAAGAUAUAGAUACAGCACUUUGCAACCUACCAUAAACGAAUUGAUACCAUAAAUGAAUUGAACUGUUACACAGUAAGCAAACUGAAAUUGAACAGUCUGCUAUCACCACCAAGGAAAGGAUCAAAUCCACAUAUUAUUGAAGGUUACAUUGCAAUAUGGUACGAAUCAUAAAGAGUCGGAACGACAAAACCAUUUAGAUUUUAGAUUUCAUGGCUUACUUUUUAUUUCUCACUUUACAUAAUAUAAAAAUAAUGAAAUGAGAACUUUAUUAAAAUUUGAUAAACUCUCAUUAAAAUACUAUGCUAUAUUAAAAAGCCAUUAUGCCAUUAUAAAUUCUCA